CCCUUACUUAAGGCUAAUGCUCCUUGCUCUCAGUUGUCAAAUCCUGAUCUUUCCCACACAGACUCAUACAGUACAUACGUCUGGACACGUUCAUGCUAGCAGAAUGCUACACAUGCUCUCAGGAUUACUGUCGCUCCUGCUGGACCUAGCCUUAAUUUCGGGUCAGACAGCAAAUAUGUCUCUGAUUAUAACUGAAGGUGUGGUUAAGAACGGCGUGAACAAGCUUCACCAUGCUUCACACUCCAACAUUCCAGUUGUGAAUGGAAAGCACUUUGAUGAAAAUAUCAAAGACAAUGUGACUUAUGAAGAGCAAGAGAAUUUCCAGGAUCAGGAGAAAAUACACCACUAUGGUCAUUAUAAAUGUGAUGAAACACUCUUAAGACUUAUUGGAAAAGAAUACUGCUCAGACAAUUUUGAUUCGUUCAUGACGAACCUGACGAAGGACGAGUGGUGCGAUUUUGAGAUGGUGCUCAGUUACUACAAUGAUCUGACCCACUGCUUGGAGAAUGUUUGUGCUGUAGUGGCACAUUGUUAUUACCCAAACGCUGUUGUGCAGGAGAUGUUUGUGGAAGUCCACAAGCAAUACUUCAACGAGUGUGUACAUGUACAUGAGGAAGAAGAUCUUUCAGAUGCCCCUGCAAUUGUUGUCCUGAUUCUCACCCUGCUGCCUGUCAGCGUCAUUCCCAUGCUGGUCCAUAUGGUCAUCUGGAAGAGUAGCGUUAUUGACUGAAAACGGCAAGGACGCACAACGUCGUGCUAUUUUGCGCAGUGCGUUUACAAUAGAGCAAAAAAAAUUGAGAUGAAUGAAAUUGUAAAAGCAAUAUGCUGUAAUGUAACGUAAAGAAAUGGAUGUAUAUAUGGGAUGUCUGCUUUUACUGCUAUAAAAAUGUCCACUAGCAAGAAGUUGUAAUAAUAAUUAUAAUAAUAAUUAUAACAUUGUCUUGCAUAACUACUGAACAAACAUAAUUAACAUUUUUUUAACAUGUCUAUAGUUGAAUACAACGAUGUUCUGAAAAUGUAUUUUGGACAAUUAUAACGAUUACAUAACAACAGUAUAUAAAAAGCCAGAUUUGGUAGCUAGCUAUCUCGUGUCAUUUCCAUCCUGAGUCAUUCGUGUAAAGAGUGGAGAAGCACUUAGAUAGAUGUAGCAUAACACACACUUACUACUGAACAGUAAAGCCACUACAUUUCUUUUGUACAUUUCUUUUGUUCUUUUCUGGUUGGCUAAGUUGUGUUUAGCUGAUGUUUAGCUCUGAAGUUAUUGCUGUAAACUGUAACUGUAAUUAAACUUCACUACUUUA